AUGAGUUUCAGCAUUGAGAGCAUCUUGUCUCGUCGUUCGCGGUGCGCCCUCGCUGGCUAUGGAUUCCUGGGCUCGGUCAUCCCCGCCGGAGCGUCCUAUCCACUCGGCGCGCAGGCGGCGGCCGCCGUCGAGAUGCUGCCCGCGCCGAGCGUCGCUCUGGCGCAGAGUUUCGGUGCCGGGUUCGCAUCUGCGACCGGGGCCCCUUUCUGCCCCGCGGGCUACAGGCGGGCGGUCGCUGCCCCCGGGGCGCUGUGCUGCCCUCCGGGCCUGAACCCGCUCGCGCACCUGCCCUUCUCUAAAUGCACGUGCGGCAUCUCGACAGGCUUCUCCUCGGCGGGAUCUCUGUGCCCCGUGGGCUCCUCCACCGUCCUGCCCGGGUGCCACCUGGACGUGGAGACCCUCUCGCGCCUGGAGCUCACCCUCCUGGGGCAGCUGCAUCGGCGCAAGCGACGCCACCGAACCAUCUUCACGGGCGAGCAGCUGGGCGCCCUCGAGGAGCUCUUCCAGCAGACGCAGUACCCCGACGUGAACCUGCGCGAGCAGCUCGCGAGGCGCGUGCACCUGCGUGAGGAGCGAGUCGAGGUGUGGUUCAAGAACCGGCGCGCCAAGUGGAGGAGGCAAAAGCGCGCGUCCUCAGCGUCUUCCGCUGAACCGCCGCCGCCGCCGCCGCCGCCACCACCGCUGCCGCUGCAGCAGCAGCGGGCGAGUGGCGAGGGCCCAGAGGCGACGCUGCUGGACGCGGUCGCGGCGACGAAGGCGGCCGCGGUCAGAGAAAGCGACAGCGACACCGACAGCCUCUGAGCCGGAGCCGCGGCUAAGACACUUGCGAGGUUACCCAACCGACCUCGACUACCGACCAGCAACAUCACCAACCCCAGCUACCACCACCACCACCACCAACCCCCACCACCACCAUCGCCUGCUGCUGCAGCGCCGACACCGACCCCACCAAAAGUUGAUGCAACGGUCGCUACUCCUGGCGGCCCGGUUAUCUCAUCUCGCACCUCCCGCUCCUUCGUGCCGGGGGGCUCCUUCGGGGAGGGGGGAGGGGGCGGGGUGGGGGGCGCCCUUGGUCUGCGGGUCAGCCCGACCCACUCUGCCCCUUGCCACGGAGCGCCCUGACGCAUCGUGUGGCGUUGGAUGCUUCAAUUCCUGUCUCGUCGUCAUCGAGCGUGGGAACGUGAUUUCAAAAAUAAAAAAAAAUGAUCACCAUCAUCAUCAUCAUCAUAAUGAAGAGCAGCAGCAGCACAAUCAGCGUCAUCAAUAAUCGUCAUGACGACCAAUGACAGUAGCAGCGGCAGCAGGGUCUGAAGCGGCAACAGUAGCAGCAGAAUUAAUCGACGUCAUCGUCAUCAUCAUCAGCAGCAGCAGUGGCAGCGACUCCAGCAGCAGUGGCAGCUGCCGUAUUAAUAGCGGAAGCAUCAGCGGAAAUAGCGACGGUUGCUAUAGCAUCAGUAGAAACAACAUCAGCAUCAUCAUCUACAUCAUCAUCAUCUACAUCAUCAUCAUCUACAUCAUCAUCAUCAGCAGCAGGACUAGAGUCGCCAUCGCCAUCAUUUUGAGAAACGAUCGCAUUGAGACGCUCUUAAAAUGCAGAUUGUAAACGGCAACUAGCAUCGUAAUCAUCGUCAUCAUCAUCAUCAUCAUCCGCAACAUGAACAUCAUCAUCACGUUCAUCAUCGUCGUCAGCAUUAUCAUGAAGCGCUAUCGGCUACGCAACGGAUGAUAAUCUCGUGUUCAUAACCACUCCGCACAACUCACGGGCUAAAUCGCUCCGGGCACUCAUUGAACAUGCGCGUGUGUGUUUGUGUGUGGCUCAUAACGACGCUCACAACAACUAGCGGAGCGCCGGGCGGUUAAAACACAUCGAGGUAGCGCUGUUGGGGAGCACACGUGGUGCAUCUGCCAGUCAUCUCAGUCAGUCAAUCCAUUGCACUUGGGUCUGUCUCGGGACCUCCUGCCAGUGAGCCUUUCACAUCACCGCCACUUAGUGGCGACUGGCGGCUGCUGGCAACGAUGAUCCCACCACGCACAUCCUCGUACGCGUCUGCAGACGAUGGCGAGCGACAAGGGUUUAAUUUCAGCCGGCACACCACGUUCAGUAACCCUAUCGCUAUGGAUGUGGCUGCUCGUCACGGUGCCACCUUCCCCGUCUAAAACCAGCGGCUCGGAAUGUACUCACUGAGAAUUCAAUUCUUGCUGCGGCCCAAGCAACUAAUCUGCUAAAAAAGAAACCGCUUUUCAUUUGACCACAUAAGGCCCCCUGAGCUAUGUAGCUCCCUGUCACAAGCGAUCUGGCCACAACUGAUAUCUUAAUGAACUGGCUUAU